AUGCUCCCAGACUUCCUGAGCAGGGGCACCCUGGCAGCAGCAGAUCCCAGCCCAACAGAGCCUGGAUCAACAGGAUUUUGUGCCAGAGGGUGGCAAGCACCCGCUCCACCCCACGAGAGACCCCACUGCUGCCCCUCCGAGCCCCCAGCCUCAGAAACCUCCACUACACGAGGCCGGAGCCUUCGCUGUGCCCGGCUCCUGGAACCCUCUGUGUGCCCGAUUCCUGGAGCCCUGGCUGUGCCCGRUUCCUCCUCUGUCCCAUGCCAGCCUGGGGGGGCCCCUGGCACGCCCAGCAACCCACCAACGCAAAUAGCCGGUGGCUCCUCCGCCCGCUGCCGCCCGGCGCACGCUGGGGCUCCAAUUUCCCGGCGUCAGCCCCCGCCGCCGCUCAGCUGUCGUCCCCCUGUGCCCUGUCACUCCGCUCGCCACCGGACCGCGGCGGCUGCCGCCCUCCCCUCGCACCCGGCACGGGGGGCUGGGGGCUCUGCAGCCCACGGGGCACCGGUCACCCUUUGGGGGUUUCUUCAGCGCAGGGCGACAUCUCCAAGCACAGGGUAAGUGCCC